AUGGGCCGCACGGACGACGACGACGACGCCCGCCGUGUAUAUGUGCUGCAGCUGCUCGCGUCCAUGUGGCGGGACGUGGACGUGGACAUGGGCGCUCUCGCUGGCGCGGACGCGCUCGGCUCCUUCCUCGACGACCCGGCCUGCAGCAUGCUCCAAGCGCGGCUGGUUGACAAGGCCGUCCAUCUAACGACGAGCAUGGCAUGGGACGAUACGAGCAACAACGCAGCGCCGGCCCGCGCGGUCUUGCUCGUCAAGGUGCUGCCGGCGCCGCUCACGGCCGAGAACCUCUCGACCAACGUGCACGUGACGUCGAUGACCAACUCGCCUGUCUUUAGCCUCUUCCAGUCCGUGCACAAGAUCUACACACCGCUCCUGCUGCAAGGCGCGUCAGGCCGGCUCUCGCAGAAGCUCAAGGACGUACUCCUCGAGCUCGAUGCGGGUCUCCAGACGCUUGUCCGCGACAAGGGCGACGACCUCAGCAGCAAUGCGAGCGACAACCUCUUUGGCAUCGUCACGCUCCAGGACGAGAUCGCGUACUGGGAAGCGACGACGAGCGGCCGGGACCGCGACCGCGCGUCCAAGUUUUCGCGGUCGUUUGACGCCAUCCACUCGCGCUACGCGACCUUGGAGGCCCUGAGCUUUGAGGAAAUGGGCGACCUUCUCGACGACACCAACAACACGCUCGACGACCUCUGGCGCGCUGACCUCGAAGGCAGCGCGCAGUACCCCCAGGCACGCAUGGUGCACAUCAUCGGGCUCGUUGCCCAAGCGCUCCACAGCUUUAUCAUUGCGCAGGCCGGCACGGUCAACGUAUGGCGCGGUCCGUUCCACGCGGUCCAUACGGCGCUCGUGCAGACAAUUGCGCUCUGUGAAAAGUGGUGUGGCCACGUCGAGCAGCUUACCAGCACGUUUUGGCCGUCCUACGACGAGCACCCGUGGCGCGGCCCAGCGCACGUCGACGCCUUUCUCCCGGCCCUCGCGUCGCGGCUCCGCGAGAUCCUGCGCCUCCGCACGACGUACGAGGAGCUCGUGUCCCUCGCAAACGAGCCACUGCCGCCGACGGCCUUUGAUGUAUUCGAGCGCGUCUACCCGCUGCACUACAAUGCGUACACGGUGGGUGCGUGGAAGUCGGCGGUGGCCGCUUUCGAGACAAUCUUGGCGCCAAUCGAAGCCCAAGUGGGCGCAAACCUCCAGGAGCGGCUCUCCUCCGUACUCUCCAAGCCCACGACGGCGCUCCGGUACCUCCAGCAGUACAAGCACCUCCUCACACGCCCCGCGAUCGCCUCGCUCCUCGCAAGCGAGCGCGAUAGUCUCCUCGGCCAGCUCCUUGCGCAGCUCGAUCAGAUCGAGUCGGACUUUGAAACACGCGGACCCGAUGAAGCGCCGAGCGGGAAAAACCUCUCGCCCAAAGUCAACUACAUUGUGUGGGGCAAAAUGCUUAGCAACCGGGUCGCGCACCUCGUUUCGCUGGCAACGACGGUACUGAGCGACCUGCCCGGCUUCCGAAGCUUUGAAACUGCGGCCGACACCGUGCUGACAAAAGUCAAGGGCAUGCUCACCGAACACGUCCGGUCGUGGCAGGACGACGUGCAUGAGAACCUCCGGACCGGCAACCUCACCGUCAACUACAGCGAGUUCCUCGUCACGCUGCUUCGCGACGUGCGGACGCUCGUCGAAUUGAGCGACGGCCAGCCGUGGGUCCCCCCCAAGAUCCUCGAAGUCGCGACCGAGGCCGAAAAGUACUACCGAUUCGGCGUGACGCUCAAGAAGAUCAUCGACGAGCAAAAGCCGAUGCUCCUCGAGGCGCUCAUGGCGUUUGAGGGGAUUGUCAAGCGCCCGGGAAAGCUCUCGACCGCCACCACCAAGACGUCCAAGCCCAAGGCCAUUGACGUCACGUGGAACAACUUGGACGAGUGCGAAGAGUACGUCGGCAUGCUCCAGCAGGCCGCGGACGCGCUCUCGAUCGAAAACCGCAAGCUCCGGCGCGCCCACGACAAGAUUGGCGACGACCUCGUCUUGCUCAUGGACGUUGACUUGCUCCGGUUUCCCGACAAGUGGAAGGAUCGUCUGGAUACCAUCCGAUUGUUUUUAACGACCACAAUUCGAAAGUACGAAGCGUCGUUGACAAAGCGCUGGCAGCUCUACUGGGACCACCAGCUGUACAAGGUGCUCGAAGCCGCAUACCAGAUCGGGCUCGAGAGCCUCAACGAAAACCUCCCGGAUGUCAAGGUGGACGUGAUCUUGCCGCCGAAAGGCCGUCUCGCGCUCAAACCGCCGAUCGAAGACGUUCGAACCAACUACUACAAGGCCAUGAAGAAGUUCAUCGGGCGUCCAUCGAUCUUCAAGGGGUUUGCGAACCCUGCUGUCUUUGCGCCCAUGACCGACCACAACGCCGCGGGUAUCGUGCACGUCUACCGCAACGGCGAAAAGCUCUUCGCCAAGCUCGAGGCGGUGCUGGUCGAGUACGACGAGUGGACGUGCCUCACGCGCGCGCCUGACCUCGACAGCGUUCUCGAGUCUCUCCUCGUCGACGUCGGCGACUGGGACAGCAAUCUCAAGGCGCUCAAACUCAAACGCAAAGAGUGCGACAAGAUCCCCGACAUGCUCAAAGUCGACUGCGUGAGCGUCUCGUUGAGUCCACUGAAAGCCGGCAUUGACGACCACCUCACGCGGCUGCAAGACAGCCUUCUCCAGAGCCUCCGCAAGAGCAUUAUGACCCACUUGAAGCAAGUGGAAGAGUACCUCGACACGUCAAUGGAGAAGCUCAACAAGCGGCCCCACAGCAUCGAUGAGAUUGGCGCCGCCAAAGUUGACUGGAAGAGCAUCGACGGCCAGCGCAGCAGCUUCCAGGCGGUCGUGGCGACGGCCGAGAAGAAGAAGGCGCUGCUUCUCAACUCGACGACGGGCGGCAACCUCGACACGACCGACGUCGUCUCGCGUCUGAGCCAAAUUCCUUCCAAGUGGGAAAACUUUGAGAUCGCGCUGGAAGCAUUCAAUGAGAUGAUCGAAGAGCAACGAGAGAGCUUGAAGGGCGAGCUCGAAGCCAAGGUCAUCGAGUGCAACGUCGAAAUCGACAAGUUUGGCCAGCGCUGGUGCGCGCUUAAGCCCGUCGAGCUCUCCAACUGGGCGAACGAAGAAGUCGAGAAGAUUUACGUGGCGCUCGUUGAUUGGCGCGACCAGCUCAACGACAUCGCGGGUCGGGCCAAAGGUCUUGUGGACAACUGCACAACGUUCCAGAUGACGGUUCCGACCUUUGACGGGCUCGGGAGCAUCGAAGCCGAUAUUGGCAAGGUCGAAACCAACUGGCGGCUCUACAAGGACUACUACGCCGAGCUGGAUGUGCUCGCGAGCCAGGACUGGAUCACGUUUCGUGAAAAGAUCUUUGACCUCGGCGACCUCGGGGCCAAGUGGGCCGAGGCGCUCAAGACCGUUGAGCGGACGAGCGUCGUCGAGCGCAUUUUGGACCACACGGGCCAUCUCAAGCGCGCGCUUCCGACGCUCAAGCUCUGCCGCGGCGACCCGUUCAAGGAGGAGCACUGGACGCAGCUCUUCCGGAAGCUGGGUAUUCCAAAAGGCGUGGGCCUCAUGCAGCUCAACGUCGGCCACUUUCUUGGCUGCCUCGAGGUGCUCGAGGCCCAAGCCACACUGCAGUUCGUCAAGGUGCUCCACGCGCGCGCCCAGGGCGAGGUUACGAUCCGUGAUGCGCUCCAGGAGCUUAAGGCGUGGACGCAAACGGCCGAGCUCUCAUUGCUCGAGCACGACCCGAACGGGAAGCGCAUCUGCAUCAUCAAGGACUGGAAAGACACGACGCUGGCCCUCGGCGACAACCAGUCGCUACUGGCCUCUCUAAAAGAAUCGCAAUUCUUCAAGCCUUUCGCCGACCAAGCUUUGCAGUACGAGACCAAGAUGGCGCUCCUCGACCAAGGCUUGAACCAGCUCAACGUUAUUCAGCGCAAGUGGGUCUACCUCGAGCCCAUUUUCAGCAAAGGCGCGCUGCCCAGUGAACAAGCGCGCUUCAAGCGCGUCGACGACGAGUUCCGCGACAUUAUGCGGCAGGUCGAGACGGACCCCAAGCUCUUCAACCUCGCCGACGACAUGCUGUUUCCGCAGCUGCCCGAGCGUCUCGCGACCAUGGUCGACCAGCUCGAGCGCUGCCAGAAAGCACUCGCCGACUUUUUGGAGGAGAAGCGGUCGCGCUUUCCGCGCUUUUACUUUAUUGGCGACGAAGACUUGCUCGAGAUCCUCGGCCAAUCGCAAAACCCGGCCGUGAUCCAGAGCCACCUCAAGAAGCUCUACCAGGGCAUUCACCGGGUCGAAUUUAGCGACAGCCAGGACGCGAUCUCGGCCAUGUGCUCGGCCGCGGGCGAGAAGGUGCCGCUCGUUGCGCCAGUGGCUGUCACGAGUGCUGUCGAAGAGUGGCUCGAGGCACUUACGGAAGAGAUGCGGCGGACACUCACCGUGCUCGUGAGCAAGGCGGCGAGUGCGUCGUCGCCCGACUACGCCGAGUACCCGAGCCAAGUGCUCUGUCUUGCUGAGCAGCUGCGCUUCAACACGCAGUGCGAAACCGCCAUCAAGAACGGGACCGUCGCCGAUCUCAAGCACACACUGCAAGAAACGUUGCGGGAGCUCACGUCCUUGGAUUUGAGCAAUGAGCCGCUCAUGCACCUCAAAGUCAAGGCGCUCGUGCUCGACUUGGUUCACCACAUUGACGUUUGCGACCAAGUGGCGCACGUCACGAGCCUCUCAGACUGGCUGUGGCAAAAGCAGCUGCGGUUUUACCUCGACAAGAGUGGAAAAGUUGUCAUCAAGAUGCACGACGCGUCGUUCGCGUACACGUAUGAGUACCAAGGGAAUGCGCCAAAGCUUGUGCACACGCCGCUCACGGACAAGUGCUACCUCACACUCACCCAAGGCAUGCACAUGGGCUUUGGCGGCAACCCGUACGGGCCUGCGGGUACGGGGAAGACCGAGAGUGUCAAGGCGCUCGGCGGACAGUUUGGCCGCCAAGUGCUCGUCUUCAACUGCGACGAAGGCAUUGAUUUUCAGAGCAUGGGUCGCAUCUUCAUCGGCCUCGUCAAGUGCGGUGCGUGGGGCUGUUUCGACGAGUUCAACCGACUCAAGGAAGACCAGCUCUCGGCGAUUUCGCAGCAGAUUCAGCUCAUUCAGGACGCGAUCAAGAACCACGUGCGCUCGAUCCAGCUCCUGAGUCGCCACGUCGACGUCGACUUUAACGCGGGUAUUUUCGUGACACUCAACCCAGCGGGCAAGGGCUACGGCGGGCGCUCCAAGCUGCCCGACAACCUGAAAGCCCUCUUCCGCCCCGUCGCAAUGGGGCGGCCCGACAACAACUUGAUUGCGGAGGUGAUUUUGGCGUCCGAGGGGUUUGCGGAAGCCAAAGACAUUGCGUCCAAAGUCGUGUCGCUCUACACGCUCUCCCGGCAGCUAUUGACGCCGCAGCAGCACUACGACUGGGGCCUCCGUGCUCUCAAAGCCGUGCUCAACACGGGUGGCAAGCUCUUGCAGCAGGCGAAAAAAACGGCCAGCACGCGUCUGACGCCGGCCGCCGAGACGGAGAUCCUCAUCAAGGCCGUCCGCAUCAACACGCUCUCCAAAUUGACGUUUGGCGACGCGCAGCGCUUCCUCGCGCUCAUUGGCGAUGUCUUUCCCGGCAUUGCGUCUUCGGACAUUUCCGGCGGCGACCUCGAAGCCGCGAUUCGCCUUGUCAUGGCCCAGAAACCGUUUUGCUGCCAAGUGGACGACCUCCAGAUCCGCAAGAUGCUCCAGCUCAAGGAGAGCUUGGACCAGCGCAUGGGCUGCGUGGUUGUGGGGCCGUCGGGGUCGGGUAAGAGCACGGUGUGGCAAGUCCUUCAGCAAGCGAUGAUUCAAUGCGGCCAGCUCGUCAAGACGCACAUUAUGAACCCCAAGUCGAUGCCACGCGAGCGCCUUCUCGGGCACAUGGAUUUAGACACGCGCGAGUGGCACGACGGUGUGCUCACGGACGCGGCCCGCAAGGUCGUGAAGGAGCCCGAACACGUCCGGUCCUGGAUCGUCUGCGACGGCGACGUGGACCCGGAGUGGAUCGAGUCGCUCAACUCGGUCUUGGACGACAACCAUCUGCUGACAUUGCCCAACGGCGAGCGCAUCAACUUUGGCCCGAACGUCAACUUUGUGUUUGAGACGCACGACCUCCGGUUCGCAUCGCCCGCGACCAUUUCGCGCAUGGGCAUGAUCUUCCUCAGCGACGAAGACAUGGACAUGAAGCGGCUCGUGACCAAGUGGCUCGCGCAACAGCCCGACGCAGCGAAUCUCGGCAAGUGGAUCGACGAGCUCUUCCUCCUCGGCCUCGCCGAGGCCGCCAAGUACGACAAAGUCGUCGCGACAACGACCGUCGGUAGUAUCAUGAACGGCCUCUCGCACGUGGCGGGCGCGACGACCCGGUCCGAGUUUGUGUGUGCGCUCAUCCGCGGUCUCGGCGCCAAUUUGUCGCUCAGCCACCGCGCGACCUUUGCAAAAGCCGUGUUCCUCUUCUCGAACGAGCGACCACCGGACAUGAGCGCACCGCUCGACUGCUACUGCGUCGGGUCGUCCUUUACAUCGUACGAGACCAAGCGCAGCGUGUACGGCGACAGCGACGUGCCCAUCUCGCGGCAAUCCGUGGUCCAAACCAUGUCGAUGCAGCGCGGCCUCGACGUCGUCAAGCCGUGGGUCGAGCGCAUGGAGCCGUUCAUUCUCGUCGGUCCCGAAGGCUGUGGCAAGAACCUUUUGAUUCGCCAAGCGUUCCAGUCGCUCAAAGGCGCGACGCUCUCGGUGCUCCACUGCAACGCGCAAACGACCGCCGACCACGUCAUCGCCAAGAUUGCGCAGUGCUGCUCGCUCUUCUCGACCAACACCGGGCGUGUCUACCGCCCGCGCGACGGCGACCGCCUCGUCUUGUAUCUCAAAGACAUCAACUUGCCAAAGCCCGACAUGUACGACACGUGCAUGCUCAUCGCGUUCCUCCAGCAGCUGCUCACGUUCCAGGGGUUUUACGACCCGAACCUCGAGUUCCUCGGCGUCGAGCGCGUCCAGAUCGUCGCGUCGAUGAAUGCAGCGACGACCGUCGGGCGCCACAUGCUCUCGACCCGCUUCACGGCUGUCGUCCGCGUCGCCUCGAUGGACUACCCGAGCGGCGAUGAGCUCAGUGCGGUCUACUCGACGUUCCUUCAAGGCGUCGACGCGCCCAUGCUGCGCGAGCCCUCGACGCGCGACAAGCUCGCGACGUCCAUGGUCGAGCUCUACGAGAGCGUCCGGUCGAAAUUCAGCGUCGACGACCACCGCCAUUACCUCUUCACGCCCCGGGAUGUGACGCAGUGGACGUUUGGGCUCCUUCGCUACGACCUCGAGCACGAAGAACUCUUGGAUGUGGUCGCGUACGAAGCCCGUCGGCUGUUCCAGGACCGACUCGUCGAUGUCGAGAGCAAGGCCAAGUUUGACUCGGCGAUGCACACGAUCCUCAAGACCCAAUGGCGCCAUAACGCCAAGCUUCAAGACGUCUAUUUUACAUCGCUCGGUAUGAAGCGUGUCGAAGACGCGCUGCUUGUGCCGCUGCGGCGCAUGGCGUCCGGGGACUUUCAAGCGGCGGUCGCCCAAGGCAUUGUGCUCUACGAACGCGAAGAGAAGGAUUUGCACAUGCUUUUGUUUGAAGAAAUCCUCGACCACAUUGCCGUCGUCGACCGCGCGCUCUCGGAGCUCGGCGGCGCGCUCCUCCUUAUUGGCUCGGCGGGCGUCGGGCGUCGCACGGCGACGACGUUGUUGGCGCACAUGCUCGGGUACAAGUUUUUCACGCCGACGAUUACGCGCCACUACAACGCCGCAAGCUUCAAAGUCGACCUCAAGGCGGUGGUCCAAUGCGCCGGCAUUGACGGCGACCACGCCGUCUUGUAUUUGGAGGACCACCAUUUCAGCGAAGACGCGAUUCUAGAGCUCACCAACUCGCUCUUGAGUGCGGGCGAGGUCCCCGGUCUCUACUCGCACGAAGAGCUCGAGCCGCUCCUGAGUCCGCUCAAAGAAAAGAUGCUCGAAUGCACCACGGGCGUCUACAAGACCGUGUACGAGUUCUUUGUUGCGCGCGUUCAAGCCAAUUUGCACCUGGUCUUGAGCAUGGACGCCCGCAACGACGCGUUCAUUCGGCGCUGCGAGAGCAACCCAGCGCUGUACACGCGGUGCACGAUUGCCUGGAUGGGCGACUGGAGCCAGCAGAGUCUCAAGAAGGUGCCCGAGAUGCUCCUCGCUGGCUCCGAGCUCCUUACCGACCAAGUGUCCAAAGUCCAGCUGCUGAAUCUGGUCCACACCAUUUAUAGCUCGGUGCAGCUGCUUGGAGCGACUCCCCGCGAGUACAUUGCGUUCCUCACAACGUGGUCGGAUCUGUUUACGGAAAAGUCCAAGCAGCUUCUUCUUGACGUGACGCACCUCAAGAGCGGGCUGAGCAAACUCGAAGAAGCUUCGUCGACCGUCGACGAGCUCAGCAAAAGUGCCGUCAUCAAGAAGCGCGAGCUUGGCGCCGCGCAAGUGUCGGCCGACGAGGCCAUGGACGAGAUCAAGCGCGCUUUGGACCGCGCUUCCGUCAACCGGCGCGAGGUCGAAGACCUCAAGAAGCAGCUUGCAAAAGCCGAAGAGUCGACGAACGCUCGGAAGCGAGAGAUCGAAGACGAACUCAGCGAGAUCACGCCCGUGCUGCAGUCGGCGAAAGAGGCCGUCGGCGCCAUCAAGUCGGACAACAUCAACGAGAUUCGGUCGCUCAAGAUGCCGCCCGAGCCCAUCCACGACGUCUUGUCGGCCGUCCUCAUGCUUCUCGGCAUCCAAGACACGUCGUGGAACAGCAUGAAAAGUUCCUCGGGAACCGUGGCGUGAAAGACGAUAUCUCCAACUACGACUCGCGCCGCAUUACGCCCGAAAUUGCCAAGGCCGUCACAAAGCUCCUCAAGGCGAAAGCGGCGUCUUUUGAGCACGAGAAUAUUUACCGCGUGAGCGUAGCCGCGGCGCCGCUCGCAGGCUGGGUCAAGGCCAACAUGAAGUACAGCGUCGUCCUCGCCAAGAUCGAGCCGCUCGAAGCCGACCUUGCGGAGGCCAAGCGGUCUCUGGAUGCGUCCCAGCAGCGCCUCCAGUCGUGCGAGGGCGAGCUCAAGGCCAUUGACGUCAAGGUCGACGAAAUGAAGUCACUCUUUGGUGAAAAGACCAAGGAGGCCGAAAUCCUGCGCGUCGGCUUGGAGCGCGCCGAAGCCACGCUGCAGAAAGCCCAGGGACUCCUCGGUAAGCUCGGUGGCGAGCAAACUCGAUGGUCGGCCCAAGUCAAGGACCUUGAGCAGCGCGUUGUCGAGCUGCCGCUGAAGCUCCUCAUGGCGUCUGGCUUUACAACCUUUCUCGGCCAGUGCUCCGAAGACAAGCGCGCGGCGAUUUCGAAAGGGUGGGACGCCGCGAUGGACUCGGCGACGGUCUUUGACUACCGAAAGCUCCUGAGCUCCGAGUCGGAGAUGCUCACGUGGAAGAGCAUGAGCUUGCCGGCCGACAACCUCUCGAUGGAGAACGGGCUCAUCGUCCACUACACCAAGGAGCGGUGUCCGUUCAUCAUCGACCCGGCGAACGCGGCCACCGGUUGGCUCCAAGCGCACUUGGCCAAAGAUGCAACGCGCCCGCUCUCAGUCGUCCAGUCCCAAGAACCGCGGUUCGUCUCACUCGUCGAGCAAGCCGUUCGGUUUGGCAAGACACUCGCGAUCCUCGAGGUGGACCUUGUCGAGCCGUACCUGUACCCGCUCAUUCGGAAGGACCUCAACCACGAAGGCCCUCGGUACAUUGUGCGGCUCGGCGACAAGGACGUCGAUUACAACGACAACUUUCGGCUCGUGCUCGUGACGCGCAAUCCGGACCCGGAUUUGCCGCCGGACGCGCGGGCGAUCGUUAACGUUGUCAAUUUCACGGUCACCAAGUCGGGGCUCGAAGGCCAAUUGCUCGGUGUGACGAUCCAAAACGAGCAGCCCGAGCUCGAGUCGCAAAAGAGCGAGCUCCUCAAGAACGAAGAGGAGUUCAAGGUGCAGCUCGCGUCGCUCGAGAAGCAGCUGCUCGAAGCGCUCGCGACGUCCGAAGGCGACAUUCUCGACAACACGACACUGAUCGAGAGCCUCACACGCACCAAGGCGACGUCGGCGGACAUUGAAGAUGCGCUGCGCAAGUCGGCGACGAAGAGCGAGGAGCUGGACGACCAGCGGGCGAUUUACGCGCCGUUUGCCAAAGAUGGCGCGCGGCUCUUCUUCCUCGUCAAAGCACUGCACAGCGUGAGCCACAUGUACCGCUUCUCGCUCCUGAGCUUCAUCGGGCUCUUCAAGGCGACGCUGGCCUCGAAAAUGGACGUGAGCUCGAUCAAAGAACGCAUUGCGCGGCUCUCGCCCGUGCUCGAGACCAAAGUACUCAUGUUUGUGGGGCGGUCCCUCUUCAAGGAGCACCGGCCGAUGUUUGGCUUGCACCUCAUUCACGGUACCCACCCGGAGGCGUUCGAGCCCAACGAGUGGGAGUACUUUGUCGGCGACCUCAUGGCUGACGCGAAGAAGGAAGCGCCGCUGCCCGAGUGGGCCGCGACCGACCGGCGCGAUGCAUUUACGCUCUUUAUGGAGACGUUUCCGCGCCUCGCUUCCAAUCUCAAGUUUGACGCGAACGACAUUUGGCUGCGCUGGUCCAAGGCCACCGACUGCGAAGUCAACUUUCACGCCAAAGUCGACAAGAGCUUGAGUCCGUUCCAGAAGGUGCUCCUCGUGCAGGCGCUGCGGCCCGAUCGACUACAGAGUGCGAUCCAAAACUUCAUUUGCACAAUCCUCAAAGUCAAGACGUUGACGCCGCCGCCACUCGACUUUAAGGACCUCGCAACCCACGAGGCGUCGAGUACGACCCCGGUGUUGCUGCUCACAACGGCCGGCGCCGACCCGUCCAAGGAACUCGAGGAAGUCGCGACCGAGAUGGUUGGUCGGGAUCACUAUUUCGAGGUGGCCAUGGGCGGCGGGCAGCAAGAGAAGGCGCUGAGCUUACUCCGUACAACAGCCGAGAACGGCGAGUGGCUCUGCCUCCAGAACCUCCACCUCGUCGUCGCAUGGCUCGUGGUCCUGGAGAAGGAGCUGAACGCACUCAACCCACACCGCAAGUUUCGGCUCUGGUGCACGACCGAGGCCCACGACGGGUUUCCCCUCAUUUUACUCGAGCAAAGUUUAAAGGUCACGUACGAGUCGCCGCCAGGCCUCAAGAAGAACCUCCUGCGCACAUACGCGACGUUUCCGCUCGAGGCCGGCAGUUCGAUCCCGCGCAUGCAGCUGCUUUUCCUCCUCGCGUUCUUUCACUCGCUUCUGCAAGAGCGGCGCACGUACCUGCCCCAAGGGUGGACGAAAUUCUACGAGUUUAGCUUUGGCGACCUCCGCGCCGGCUUCAACGUGCUGGAUGUCGCGGCGUCGGCCCCCGCGGUCGACUGGGCGGCGGUCCACGGUCUCAUGGAAAACGCGAUUUACGGCGGCCGCAUCGACAACCCGUACGACCUCCGCGUGCUGCGCGUGUAUUUGCAAAUGUACUUUGCGCCCGACGUGGUCUCUGGGAAAAACGCCCUCUGCAAAGGCGUCAAGAUCCCAGCGUCCGACCGGCGCGACGACUAUGUCGCGCUCAUCGAGCACUUGCCCGAGACCGACCCGCCCAAGCUCUUUGGGCUGCCCGAUAACAUUGAGCGAUCGGUGCAGCGGUCGGCGUCGUCGGCCGUGAUUGCACAGCUGCGUACGCUCAACAACAGCGCCCAAGCCUCGAGCAAGUUUGAUCGGGAGGCGUGGCGCGUCGUCCUCGGGCCGCUGAUUGAAAACUGGGCCAAACUCACGUCGAGCUUGCACUUGGACCAGGCGAGCAGUGCGGCCAAGGGAGACGCCAAGCCCAAUGCGUCGCCGGUCGAAGCCUUUGUGGCGAUGGAGAACACGGCGGCGACCGAGCUCGCCGUGCACGUCAACAGCGGCCUCAUGAACAUCAAGAAAGUCAUUUACGGCACGGGCUUGUUGACGCCGGCGAUUCAAACGAUUGCGGCGUCGCUGCUUCUAAGCACUGUGCCAAGCGACUGGAGCAACCGAUGGGAAGGCAGCAGCGACGUCGUGCAAGUCUGGCUCCGCGCGCUCGCGCUCCGAAAGCGCGCGCUGGCCGAGUGGAAGGAAGACUGCGCCAAAGGCUCCUUAUUGUCGCGCCCACUGGACCUCUCGGAAGUGCUGCAACCCGGCACGUUCUUGAAUGCCCUGCGGCAGCAGGCGGCGCGGACGCUGCAGUGCUCGAUGGACGGCAUGAAGCUCGUCUCGUGCUGGGACAAAGAGAAAACCACGGGGACCAUCGAGUGGUUUGCGCUCGGCGGGUUGCUGCUUCAAGGCGCUUCCUUUGAAGGCGGGACGCUGCAAGAGCCGUCGUCGGAUGCCCAGGAGCUGGUUGCAGUGCCCACUUGCUACGUCGCCUACACGCGCGACGACGACCGCGAGCCGUACGCCAAGGACGCGUGCAUCAAAGUGCCGCUCUAUUACGAGAUCUCGCGCGAACGCAUGCUCGUCGAGAUCUCGCUGCCCAUCUCGGGCGACCCGGCCAAGUGGAUCAUUAGCGGCGUCGCGCUCUUCCUCGGCGAGUAGGGGAGACGUACGUGUUCAUAUAUGUUGAUUGAUGAAAUGCACUUGUCUGUGGGAGCUAGCAUCGUACUAUCAGUGAAGAGUACGUACUAGAACUCUCUACUGAGAC